CAUGUAAACCAAGUACAAAACAACAUCCUGAAUCCUACUAUCAGAUAACGACGACUAUUAUUUAUGAUUAUUAAGUAUGGUGGUCGCUCCAAGAUCUUCACAAAUUUAUUUAUUUAAUUUCUUGUUUAGUUGUUUACCACCUUGUACAAAUUCUAGUAGAAAUACCAAGAAAGUGAUUCGCAAUAUCUUCCCCCCUACGAAAUGUAUGGAAUGAACAGUGCUACCCUCCCACCAGGGUUCAGAUUCCAUCCUACAGAUGAAGAGCUUAUCGACCAUUAUCUAAAGCCUAAGGUUUCGCCUUCCUCAAAUCCUCUAAUCUCAAUAAUAGCUGAUGUCAAUAUCUACAAGUUCAAUCCCUGGGAACUUCCUGAUAAGGCUUAUUUUGGGGAGCAUGAGUGGUUUUUCUUUAGUCCAAGAGAUAGGAAGUAUCCGAAUGGAACGCGUCCGAACAGAGCAGCUGCAUCUGGCUACUGGAAAGCCACUGGGACUGAUAAACCAAUCAUCACAUCUGUUGGAUCACAAUGUCUUGGAAUGAAGAAAGCUCUUGUGUUUUACAAAGGGCGUCCUCCCAAAGGUGUAAAAACUGAUUGGAUGAUGGUUGAGUAUAGGCUUCUCGAUUAUUACUUUCUAUCUCAGAGGCCUAAAGGAUCGAUGCGAUUGGAUGAUUGGGUUCUAUGCCGAGUCUGGCAGAAAAUCAAAGUUCCUCGACAAAUAGGAGGAAGAAACUGUGAUAACAGUUCUAGCUGUUCCCCUCCAUUCGCUUGUGGGUACUUACAAGGUCAAGAGAUGAUAACAGAGAACACCAUUCCUCAAGGCAAUGAUAAAUAUCAGUUGUCUGCAGAGUAUCAAAUGGCUCCGCUGGAGAGUGAAGAACUGGAUGAAAAGGGGUUCCAAGAUGGCUCUGCAGAAUACUCGCUCUCAACUCUUACAUCAAACUCUCAAACAACCAUUGAUUCUAAUGUCAAAGACAUGCUCAAAUCUAUUGAAAGGGUACUUUCUGUUGGAGCUUUGGAUGAACUAUUGUUAUCACAACCAGGGAAAAUGUUGAAGGCUGCUUCGACCUCAAGUAACACUGGCAACGCAUCCGUUUUUCACAAUUCUUCUCCGGCCCAGAGCUUCUCAGAGUUCUAAUUUAUACCAUCCUCCUUGUCUGUGAAACAUUUUUUCCUUUCUUUAUUAUUACAGAAGUCCCCUGAGUUCGAGGGUUUCAUUACCAAACAAAGGGGAGGACUUAUUAUUCAUAAUAAUAAUUACGUUUGAUUUUCUUUGCUACAACAAAGAGAAUCAAAGUUAUAAAUUAGUAGUUUAAAAAGCAAUGAAAAAUGAAAGAGAGAAUAACAGACAAGUGAGAUUUUG